CCGAGCAGAGAGUGUCUGCUGUCACUCUGCUUCUCACCAACAAGACUGAAUGUUUAUUUUCUCCGCCAGGAAACUUCUCAAUCGACACAACCAGAGCAGCAUUUUUUAAUCCAAGGAGCUUCAUCUGGAUCGUUUCAUGGCUGGACUUUGAAAACAAAAACUCUGUCGGAUCCGAGAGAGAGAGAGAGAGAGUGAGAGAGAGAGAGAGAGAGAGAGAGUCCAGAUUUAUGCUGGUCACACAGACUGGAGCCUCCAGUACAUGCUCCUUGACAUCUCUUCCCACACAGAAAACAGAAGAGAAACAGAAGGCUUUGGCCCAAAAGUUUCAGCUUCCCCUUUGAGCUCUGCACCACAGUUGGCUGGAGUGAAAGGUUUGAGCACAGCUGUCUGCAGACUACAAUGUCAUCAAAAAUGCAGAGCAUAGCUCAGGCCAGGCGGACGGUGCAGCAGCUGAGGAUAGAGGCCAGCAUUGAGAGAAUAAAGGUGUCCAAGGCGUCAUCAGACUUGAUGCGGUACUGUGGAGAACAUGCCAAGAACGACCCGCUGCUCAUGGGUGUCCCUGCUUCAGAAAACCCUUUCAAGGACAAGAAGCCUUGCACUGUUUUGUAGGAGAACACCUGAACACCUGCUGCUUUUCAUUCUGGUUUUUAUGUGGGAAAAAAGCUGAUAGUCAUACUGUUCACAACUUGCCUUAAGGCCUCAUACCCCUCUUACUUUCACAAAUGCCUGCUGCAGUUUGAAAAAGAUUUUAUUACCCUCUGCCUUUCAGUCAGAUAGCAGUUACACCAAAGAACGUGCAGAAGUCAGCGGCUGUGGCCUUGGAUCAAAGCUUUAGCUCAAACAAAGAUGAUUAAACGUUCGUAUAAAGGUUCAGAAGUGACUUUUGUUUCUCUGUGCUGUUAUCUGACGAGAUCUAGAAGACAUCAACUGAAAGAAGCUGUGCCGUGGAUGGGAGAGUUUCCCAACUCUCUAAUUAUCACAGCGUGCAUAAACAAGCCCCCUCAAUCAUGCUGGUCCAAUCAGACUCAGGCUUUCAGCUUUCACCUCUUACUUUCAUCAGCCUUGCUUGAGGAAACAGUUGUUGCAGUUUGUGUGCUACUGAUAAUGUACACCCGAGAUAACAAUAUCCUGUCGUUGGACGGGUAAACUGUGCUUUCUACCACAGGAGGACAGACAGAUAGGGCAGGGGUCCAUUGCCAGUAAUGCACAGCUCCUGCAUUACAUCAUGUCAUCUAGUCACAGUCAGCAAUAAUAGUCUUUAGAAAUUGGCUCUUAAAAUGUUUUACGAGCACACAAAGUGCAAACAAUUCACCUUUUUAUGGUCAGGAAAUUGGUUCAAAAUGUCCCUUCAAGUAUAAUUUAAUCUUUCCAGUGACACACAAUUCACUUAAAACAUUGAUUUGAUUUUUAUUUUUAGGAUAUUAAUUUCUUUUGACAGUGUUAGGUUAUAGUGUAGUACAAUUUCAGUGUAGACCCAGGAUUUUGGGACGGGUUGACACUGCAUUUUUGUUUUCUUAAACUUUCCUUCACAAUCCUAGAUAGCUGCAUUCCAGAAAUGUGCCCCUGUUAUAUAACUUUCGAUUCUUACUUUAUUGGCAUCCAAAGCAAAACUAUUAAAUGUGUUAAAUCAAGAUGACUGUUUGAAGAAUACGUCUAUAUUGUGAAGUUUAAUAUCAGAUGAGUUAAUUGUCCUGACAAGAAAGUCUGAAUUUUUUUCUCAUUUUGCCAUCCAUUUACUUUACAAAAGAAUGUACAACACAUAGAGUACAUAAAAGUAUGAAUAUGAACUUUUGAGAUAACUGUACAAGGUAUUCCUUCAUUUAAAUAUUUCACAAUGAUGCCAUCAUGCUGAAAAAAAAGAUUCAAGACCAGUGUGUGCCAUCAUAUCAGAUCUACCUAUUUAAUGUCACUUUUACACUUCACAACACUACAAAAGUUUAUAUUUUUUCCCAUCAGUUUCUCUUGUUCUGUCUGCAGAGCUGAGGCUUAUUACUGUGUUAUUCAGGCACUUUUAAACGUGUAAACACCAGAUGACUGUUAUACUCUUGAGUUUGAAACAUUCCACGUUUACAGUUGCUCUAAACCUUACUUUGAUUUUAUUAUGUUGUAGUAUGUUUAUUAGGACGGGCGGUGUAUAGCUGUGACUGUGUGUCAUUUGUGUGUUGGUGCUCAUGGAAAACAUAAGCAACUAAUUUUGCAAUUUUACCAGCCAGGGCCUUAAUGAAGUGAUCCUGCUUCAACCUCUUGACUACCUUUUAGUCACAAGUGCUGUUGUCUAAUACUGUGAAGAAUGAAGGCCCUUUAGUUGAAGGGAGUGUAUCUUACUAUUGGAUAUUAACUUUGUGUAUGACUUCCUAUUUCAAAAUGACUCACGUUCAGUAAUACAUUGCAUCACUAUAUCUCCCUUAUGUCGUUAAAUAUUGUAAAACACUGUAUGUCCGUGUACCGCAGUAUGUGCUAGCUUGUAACUGUUUAAUGUACUUUACAGGACUGUACCAAUUCAGUCAAACCUCAUCUUUAAACUUGUGUUUUCCGACAUUAAUUCAACCCUUUGACUUAAAACUGAAUGUGUUGUUUUAGUUAUGGAUGUAUUUGGUUGCUUUUUACCUGUAAAUCUGUGUUUUUGUUAGAAAACAGUGACAGUGUCUGUGGUUUCUCACACAUUGUAAGUUUAGGUAACAACUUGUG